AUGGUACCGCCCACAUGCCACGACCCAGAGGGCUGGUGGCCCAUCUCACACAAGAGGGCCUUUGAUCUCACUCCAUGUUUUGAGGAGGGCGGCCUCUUGUCUGCUUUGCUCGCCGUCGUCGUCGUCACCGCCCUCUUGAGGACGCCCCAUUUGGCCACCCGACAGCCAUUAGAACGAUCUAGAAAAAGCUGGUCUCUGCUAUGGGUCAAACUAUCCCCGUCUUCCCAGUCUUAUAUCUUCGAGUCGGUGGCCCUCCUAGCGGCAAUCAUCAUCACCUACUUCAACCAUACUAGAACGAGAACUUCUUCCUCCGUCCUGCUUCUCUUCUGGCCUCUCUACUUCCUUGGGCUUGUCCUCUGGUUCAGGACUGUGGUUCUGACAAAGCUUGCUUUAUUUACGCCAAUUGUCGUGCUCAAGGGAGUUACACUUGCUCUGGGAUUGCUUUCGUUGGUGGUGGAGACAGUGGGGCCUGAGCCGGACGCGAGGGCCGAUGAGAAGGCCCAGGAGGAGAGCCCGGUUGUCACAGCUAAUAUCUAUAGCAUUUGGACGUUCGGGUGGAUGACCCCGUUGAUGAGAAAGGGUGCAUCUACCUACGUAACCGAGAAUGAUCUCCCUCCGCUGUUGGAGAGGGACAAGUCGGUUAACCUUGGUCAUGGUCUUCAAAGGGCCAUGAAGAAGCAUGUCCUUUGGAAGGCCUUGUUCGUUGCAUAUGGAGGACCGUAUGCUGUCGCGGCUGGAUUGAAAGUCAUCCAGGAUUUGCUCGCCUUUGCACAACCUCAAUUUCUCCGCUGGCUGCUGUCAUAUAUUUCGGACUACCAGGGUGCGAGGCUCUUGCCAGACGAUGACCCCCUGCGGCCUAGCAAGUUUGAGGGCUUUGCGAUUGCGGUCAUUAUGUUUGUGGCCUCGGUCAUCCAGACUAUUGCCCUCAACCAGUACUUCCAGAGGACUUAUGAGACUGGGAUGCGCGUGAGGGCCGGGCUGGUGACGGUUAUCUACGAAAAGGCGCUGGUUUUGUCCAAUGAUGAGAGGUCGAGGUCGAGUGGUGAUAUUGUCAACCUCAUGUCGGUCGAUGCCACCCGACUUCAGGACCUGUGCACAUAUGGUCUGAUUGCACUGUCUGGCCCGCUUCAGAUCACACUUGCGUUCAUUUCACUGUACAACCUUCUUGGGUGGUCAGCGUUUGUUGGUGUGGCGAUCAUGAUUCUCUCAGUGCCCCUCAAUACUUUUAUUGCGAGGAUCAUGAAGAGAAUGCAGGAACAGCAAAUGAAGAAUCGCGAUAAAAGGACGAGGUUGAUGAGCGAGCUAUUGGCGAAUAUCAAGAGUAUCAAGCUGUAUGCUUGGGAGAAUACUUUCAUUCGUAGAGUGCUUGAGACGAGGAAUGAGCACGAGCUGAAGAUGCUCAGAAAGAUCGGAAUUGUGACGUCGCUCAACUCGUUGCUGUGGAGCGGUAUCCCGAUCCUGGUCGCGUUUAGCUCGUUUGCGACUGCUGCUCUCACUUCAAGUCAGCCUUUGACUUCUGAUGUCAUCUUCCCUGCCAUGUCGCUUUUCAUGCUAUUGCAGUUCCCUCUCGCCAUGUUCGCUCAAGUAACCUCGAACAUCAUCGAAGCGAUGGUAUCAGUUAGACGAUUGGCAGAUUUCCUGGAAGCUAGGGAACUGCAACCCGAUGCGCGAAAGUUGGUUGAAGAUGCGGCUGUACGGGAAGGGGACGAGGUUCUUUCCAUCAAGGGUGGCGAGUUUAUGUGGACCAGUGAAUCCAUUGAGCCUACCCUGGAGGAUAUCAACCUUUCGGUGAAAAAGGGCGAGUUGGUUGGUGUGUUUGGCCGAGUGGGAGCUGGAAAGACAAGUCUGCUUGCUGCGAUUAUCGGUGACAUGACCAAGCGCGAGGGUGAGGUUGUUAUUCGGGGAACGGUAGCGUAUGCCCCGCAGAAUCCUUGGAUCCUUUCCUCGACUGUGCGGAAUAAUAUCCUGUUCUCGCACGAGUAUGACGAAACCUUUUACAACCUCGUCGUUGAAGCUUGCGCUCUUGGACCGGAUCUGGCUCUGCUGCCCCACGGCGACAUGACUGAAGUGGGAGAAAAGGGUAUCACACUUAGCGGUGGUCAACGCGCUCGAAUUGCGUUGGCUCGUGCGGUCUAUGCCCGAGCUGAUCUCACUCUACUUGACGACUGUCUCGCUGCGGUGGAUAGUCAUGUCGCCCGACAUCUUUUUGGCAAGUUCUGCCACAAUGUUAUUGGGCCCAAUGGUAUCCUCGCCGACAAGGCUCGCGUUUUCGUGACCAACAGCGUCGCUUUCGUUCAUCAAUUCGACCACAUCGCGUUCAUUCGUCGAGGAAUCAUUCUGGAGCAGGGGACGUACACUUCGCUCAUGCAGAAUCCAGAGGCCGAGAUCGCGAAGCUAGUUAAGGGUCAUGGUCGAGGCGAUUCGUCCGGCGCAUCGGGCAGCUCGACGCCUUUCCCUCCCAGUGAACCGGAAACAGCGGUCAUGUCGGAAGAUUCGAGCAAUGGAAAGGUUUCCCCCCCUGCAACCUCGACUAUUCUCACCGAGAAGGUCCGGAGAGAUGCGAGCUUCCCCAAAGCACGUAUCGCCGCUAUUUCAACCCUUCAGGAUAGUGCAUCGCCUGGCCUCACCAAGGAGCAUCAAGAAAAGGGUAGUGUCAAGGUCGAAGUCUACAGGGCCUACAUCCAGGCUGCCUCGAAGAUCGGCUUUUCUCUCUUCCUCUUGGUCACUGUUGGACAACAAGCGGCGUCAGUUUUGGCUACGCUUACCCUUCGGUACUGGGGCGAGCACAACCGUGAAACCGGAAGCAAUGUGGGUAUGCUCAAGUACCUCAUUCUCUACGGCUCCUUCUCGCUUGGAUCGAGUAUUUUCGGAGGGUUGUCGUCGAUGAUCAUGUGGGUAUAUUGUGCACUGAGGAGUGCACGUAUGUUGCACGAUUCGAUGCUGUACUCGUUGAUGCGAGCACCCUUGACGUUCUUCGAGUUGACGCCUGCUGGACGGAUCUUGAAUCUGUUCUCGAGGGAUACUUAUGUCGUCGACCAGAUCCUUGCACGUGUCAUUCAGAGCCUGUGUCGUACAUCGGCUGUCACACUUUCGAUUAUCAUCGUCAUUGGCUUCAGUUUCCCUCCCUUCUUGCUCGUCGUUCCUCCGUUGGCCUGGUUUUACUUGAGGGUGAUGAAGUAUUAUCUGGCCACAUCGCGAGAACUCAAGCGACUCGAUGCGGUCAGCCGGUCACCUAUUUUCGCGUGGUUCUCAGAAUCCCUUGCGGGUCUUUCGACUAUUCGAGCAUUCAACCAGCAGCGAGUCUUUUCGUCCAUCAACCAUAACCGUGUCGACAGAAAUCAAAUAUGCUACCUUCCUAGCAUCUCAGUUAACCGAUGGCUUGCCAUCCGACUCGAAUUUGUCGGUGCUGUCAUUAUCUUUGUCGUCGCUCUCUUAGCCAUGUGGGCUUUGAUUACCACGGGUGUGGAUGCUGGGCUGGUCGGUUUGGUGCUAUCGUACGCCCUGAAUACGACAUCGUCGCUGAAUUGGCUUGUCCGGUCAGCAAGCGAGGUCGAGCAAAACAUCGUCAGCGUCGAGCGUAUCUUGCACCAGACUGACGUAGAGCAUGAGGCGCCGUACGAGGAAUCCGCUGUCACUAUUCCUUCCGGCUGGCCUUCAAAAGGGGGGAUCCGAUUCGAUGGCUACUCUGCACGGUAUCGCGUUGGGUUGGACCUCGUCUUACGGGAUGUUUCCCUAGAUAUUAAACCGCACGAAAAGAUUGGAAUUUGUGGAAGGACUGGGGCUGGAAAGUCAUCGCUUCUUUUGGCGCUUUUCCGCAUCAUCGAGCCUGCGUCUGGUACGAUCUUUAUCGAUGAUGUAGACAUCACCAAGCUAGGCCUUUAUGAACUGCGAUCGGCUAUCUCCAUCGUCCCCCAGACACCGGACUUGUUUGAGGGAACUCUUCGAGAAAAUAUCGAUCCAGUUGGGCAGUACUCUGACCCUGAUAUUUGGUGGGCGCUUGAACAGGCACAUUUGAAGGAGCAUAUCAUGCAGAUACCGGGUCAGUUAGAUGCUGCUGUCAGAGAAGGCGGGUCCUCGCUUUCGAGCGGCCAAAGGCAGCUGCUUUGUUUCGCUCGAGCUCUCUUGCGAAAGACAAAAAUACUGGUUCUCGAUGAGGCAACUUCGGCUGUUGAUCUGGACACCGACAAGGCUAUCCAAGAGAUUAUUCGCGGCCCGGCCUUUAAGACUGUCACUAUCUUGACAAUCGCACAUCGUCUGAACACCAUCAUUGAGUCUGACCGUGUGAUUGUUAUGGAUGCGGGCAAGGUUGCGGAAUUUGAGAGUCCCAAGACUCUGUUGCAAGAUGUGUCGUCGCGGUUCUAUGGGCUAGUGAAGGAAGCAGGUCUCAUUCAGGCUCCAGAACCAUAG